GUUGCCUUACAGCAUUGCAGAGGCGUAGACAGCUUGCGCUCGAACGACGUGACGUCAUUGGGUCAAAGUUUCCAGCUAUGGCGUCGGGAAAUGGAAUUGCUUCUCUGGGUGUGGAGGGAGCUACAGCAGCCGCCCAGGCUCUGUCUCUACCAGCUGAGGCUUAUGGGAACGAUCCUCAACUGGAGGUGAUGUGGGCGAUGAAGGCCUACAAUCAUGCAGAGAUCUACUUUAAUCUGAUCUCGUCAGUAGACCCCAGUAAUCUGAAGCUGACCAAGGUGGAUGACCAGAUCUAUACGUCCUUCAGAGAAUCCUUCUCAGACCUCAACAUCAAGAACUUGGACCCAGACAUGCUCAAAACGGCUGAUGCCAAAGAGAAGUGGCGUCCAUUCUGUAACCAGUUCGACGGGGUGGUGGAGGACUUUAACUAUGGGACUUUGCUACGACUUGACUGUGAGAAGGACUACACAGAGGAAAACACCAUAUUUGCCACCAGGAUCCAGUUCUUUGCCAUCGAGAUCGCUAGGAACAGAGAAGGAUUCAACACCCCUGUAUUUCAGGCCAAAAAACAGCCUUCUUAACCCAUACCCUAUAACCUUCUUAGCCUAGUCUCCAACACCCUUGUAAACCCAACCAAGGAAGAGUUUCAACAGCCCUGGUUUGACACCCUACCUUUUGACCUAGGUAUGGGAUACUCUGAACCCCACAUCACCUACAAACUCUAACCCAGGAACAGAUAACAUUUCAACAGCCCUGGUUACCAGGCUUAACAUCCCCAUUGCUUGACAUCCAUCUCCUUACACUUUUCCUGUGAUCGUCGACUGGAUACGAGACCAGUGGCACGUUCAGCAGGGCACCACGUUGUGGAACGUUCAUAGAUAUAUAGAACAAUGACUUAUCUGCAACGUUUGCUUACUGAGGGUGGCCCAGAGGUCCACACUGCAGCCUGCAUCCCACUGUGCAUGAGUGCGUGUACUGAUGUCCAAACUGAGCAUGGUAGCUACAGAGCCUUCAGAAAGUAUUCACACCCCUUGAUUUUCCACAUCUUGUUACAGCCUGAAUUUAAAGUGGAAGUUGUGAUUGUGUCACUGGCCUACACAAUACCCCGUAAUGUUAGUGGAAUUAUGUUUUUAGAAAAUCUAAAGCCUUGAGUCAAGUAUUCAACCCCUUACAUGGCCAGCCUAAAUAGGUUCAGGAGUAGAAAUGUGUUUAACAUGAUUUAACGACGACCUCAUCUCUGUAACCCACAGAUAAUUGUAAGGUCCCUCAGACGAGCAGUGAAUAUCAAACACAGAUUUAUCCAGACCAGGGAGGUUUUCCAAUGCCUCAAAGGGUAGAUGGGUAAAAAAAAAAAGACUGAACAUGGUAGAGUUAUUACACUUUGGCUGGUGAAUUGAUACACCCAGUCACUACAAGGAUAAAUGCAUCCAUCCUAACUCAGUUGCCGGAGAGGAAGGAAACCGCUCAGGGAUUUCACCAUGAGGCCAAUAGUGACUUUAAAACCGUUAGUUUAAUGGCUGUGAUAGAAAAUUGAGGAUGGAUCAACAUUGUAGUUACUCCACAAGAACUGAAAUGACAGUGAAAACACAUUCUCCCAAAAAUGUAUACUGUUUGCAAUAAGGCACCAACGUAAAACUGCAAACAAUUGGCUAAGAAAUUAACUUUGUCCUGAAUACAAAGCAUUGUUUUGAGGCAAAUCCAACAUCACUGAGUACCACAUAAUAUUUAUGACUAGGGAGUUUGGGAUACAAAUAAACAGAACAGAGCUAAGCACAGGCGAAAACCUGGUGUCUGCUUUCCAACAUACACUGGGAGACAUUCACCUUUCAGCAGGACCAUAACCUAAAACACAAGGCUAAAUAUGGUUGCUUACCAAAGACAUUGAAUGUUCCUGAGUGGCAUAGUUGACUUAAAUGGCUGUCUAACAAUGACCAACUUGACAGAGCUUGAAGAAUUUAAGAGAAUGUGCAUAUAUUAUACAAUCCAGGUGUGCAAAGAUGAUUCUAACAUGAAUUGACUCAGGGUGUUGAAUACUUGUCUAAAAAAUAUAAUUUCCCCACUUUGACAUGAGUAUUGUGUAGAUUGUUCACACAAAAGGACUUUUUUUUUAUCCCACGGUGUGAAUACUUUCAGGCGUUGUAUAUGUAAUUAUGUUCUCUAAUUUGUGCCAAUAAUUUCUGGGUAUGUUCUUGUACAGUUUGUUUCAAAUGACAUUCUUUAUAGUGAACCACUUUGACCAGUGUGCUGGCUAAAAGUGGUGCACUAUAAUGGAAAAUGGGGUGUCCUUUUUGAUUUGCCCGGUGUGUGUAUCCGACCGCAUUCACUGACUGGUUGAGUGAAUGGUAAAAAUACAAAUCUGAAUAAAUGGAUGUCUGGAAUCAG